UUCAGAUUAAUCUAUUUUAAUAUUUAUAUACAAUAAAGAUUAUACUUUAUUUAUUUGUACACUAUGAACGGUAAGUAUGGUGGACGUGAUGAAGAUGAAGAAGACGUUCUUGCACCGAAAGAACCUCAAGUUACUUCAGAGGACCCAAAUGAGCGGAAAGCAGGAAGGGCUUUACGUAUCAAACGAAGACAGGAAGCACUUAAGAGAGCGGAGCAGCCUUUAGAAGAAAUAUUUAAAGAAGAAGAACCAGGUCACAUAGAGCAAGCGACGACCUCUGCUGCAGAAGAACUUCAACGUCUAGCUUUGGAUGGCGCAGCUAAAGUAACCAAUGUUAAAGUGACCACGGACGAACGUGAAGUCAUCCGACGUGCAUUAUUUUCGGCUAAGAUGCGGGAUUCGAUGGCGAAAAUGGAAGCUGAAGCCUCUGACAGUCAAAUCCAGUAUGAUGCCAUUUCUGUAAAUUGGGAUUUUAUGCUUGCAAUAAAAGAUCCUUUAGAUAUUGAUGCAGCAAUAAAGGAGCAAAAGCGUAAAUGCGAUGUUGUAUUAAAACAGAAAGAAAAAUUAAUCGAUGAACUUAAACAAGACCUUAAGAAAAUGGACAAUGCUUAUUAUGAAGAUUUAGAUAAACAGGAUAAAGAUAUAAAGGAACUUUCUGACAGAAUAGAGAAGCAACUUACUAUAAUGCAACGAGCUUAUGAAAAACAAUUGUUUUUAAUCGAGCAAGCCAUUAAUAUCGAACGCGAGAUUAUGGUAGACCAUAAUAAUAAGCGGUGGGAGGCCUUGUAUAAACAACGGGAUAAAGAAGAAGUUGCUCAUAUGGAAUAUAAAUUUGAGCAGUUAGACGAGCAUAAAUUAGAGAUGGAAGCAAUCAUGUGGGACCACCAUGCAAAGUAUCGCGAAGCAAAAAUAGAACUCGAAACGCUCAUUCAAGAACUGCAGAAGGAGUUGGAAAAAUUAAAAGCAACAUGUAUAAUUAAUACUGAAAAAAUUGGAUACAACUAUCAGGUGUUGAAAAAAAGGGAAGAGGAAAACGUUUUCGUCCGAUCUCAACAAAAGAGAAAGCUCAACAAAAUGUCUGACGUUGCUAAUACAUUAAGAGCUAAAAUUCGUAAAGCGGCCGAUGAUGGAGCAAUGGAAGAAAUAAAGGCAGAUGCUGAAAUUAUAAAGUUAAUGCAGGCUAUGGAUGAUUUGGAAAAGAAGUGUCACCAUUUCUCUCACGUUAAUAACUACAAGUUUUGUCAGGUUUGGCGUAUGUCUGUGUCACGAUGCAAUGCGCUGUGCGGACGCGUGCGCCGCGCGGAGACGGCGCUGCACGCACACGUACUCGCCGAGCCGCCACCGAAACCGCCGCCCCCGCCGCCGAAGAGCCCUCUGUCGAAAUUUGUGUCUCUAGACCCGGUUACGACUACUGUUGUAUCUGGAUCAAAUCCGAUGGACGGUAAAGAGAAUCCGAUGAGUAUAGCCGCUCAUGAAGCAAAAGAUAGACUGGUACGUCACAUCCUUCAACUUAUUGCAGACAAUACUGGAUUUCUAGUCGAAGAUCGUUUGUUAAAACUUAUUGAAAAAUAUCCUCUUACUUCACGAAAUCUAUGUACACUGGAUUCUAUUUUUAUGGCUUUAGAAAUUCAAGCCGAGGAGGAUAUUGAACUGCUAUGUAAGAUAUUCUUAAAUUACGCGUUUUGUCCAAUAUGUAUUGGCUUGGAAGCUACAUCCGACAUGGUGGAACCUUCGAGUCUAGCGGUUACAUCUCAAGAGGAAUCGCACCAUGUCAGUAUUAGCGUCAAAGGGCAUGCUGACAGAUCAUCGACGAGAAUUCGUUCGAGUGUAGUCAGAAGUAUAUCUGCAAGCACAUCCCGCUCAAUGCAUGUUGGUUUCAGGCCACACGAUUUAUCUGCAGCUGAUCAACUUCUUAUGGCAGAGGCGGAUGAAAUAAUACAAAAAUGUGGAGAUCCGAAAGUAACAUUGGCUGUCUCGGAUAAUGCAUCGGAAGGUGGAUCCACUUCAGGAAAACGCGGCCGAGGAGUUACGGUGGCUUCCCAGCCUACUGUCGUCUCACCAAAGAAGCCGAAUCCUUUUCUAUGUCCUCUUGGACAUUUUUUGGAAAUAGAAUCGAUGCAAGUAUUAACAGCUUUGAACGAAUUUAUGUCGGCAUUUGUUCCUCCUGAAAAAAAAAAGCUUUACGGUAUACUGGAUAGCGUCAAGACACCCGACUUUGGGUCUCCAUCUCGGAAACUUAAUGUGGAAGAAAUAGAACAAUAUUGGUCUCAGUGGAAAAACUUAUUUUCUUCAGAAAAAGAUCGUUUUUGGGAUGGGUUGCUUUCUGGUUUAAAUAACUAUUUAACCAUUUUACAAGAUCGGGAGCGUAUUCACGAAGACGUAUUGCAGUUACGCCAACGUAACGCUGCACUACGAGGCCUGGUGCGCGGAGCGCUUCCCGAGCUGCCGCACGCAGCGCCGCGGUACCGGCGCCCCCGCCGCACGCCCUUCGUCGCUGCCACACCAGACUUAGCGCCACCGCCUUUCGCAAAGCUACCUCUCAUCUAAAUAUGUGUAUUUUAAUAUUUCCACUAAUCAACGUCAGGAAUUCACUGUAUAAUAAAACAUUUUUAGAAGUUCAUAUGUGAACGUAAUAUUAUAUAAAUCAUGCUGAACGUAAAAAUCAUGUUGUGAAU